ACUAGUGUCACGAUUCGUUAUCCGUUAACCAGACAGUUGUAUAACCAGAACACUUGUUUUCGUAAAUCUUCGGCUACUUUCGUCGAAUCCGAUCCAUGCACACAAUACAACCAGGGUCACAUGACGCGAGUAUCUUUGUAAGCGUGAGAUCAGCGUUAUGCUUCACGGGAGCAACAAAUACUUCUGAUGUUAAGUAGCUUCUGAUUCUGUGAUUAUAAUACUCUCACAGUAACGAACGUAGCGUUACUUCUUAACACAGUAUUUUGUGGAAGAUUAUUCUUGAAGCUGUAUAGCACGGAACGUCGCUUUUGGUGGACAUUUUCUCCGUGCUAGCUAGCCAAGGUUAGCGUGUUAGCUAACAUUGACAACAUGAAUAUUGACAACGUUAAUCAGUCUGUCACAACUGGAGUAUCAUCUACGACGUCUUCAACUUCAAGCAACUGUAUCGCAAGUGAAAAUGCAACAACUAACGUCAGCAGCAUCCCUUCGGUUACGAGUAACGCUUCAGCCUCAGCAGCCAUGGUGACACCAUCAGCAGACACAUCUGUCUCCAACGGCGUCUAUGUUCCCGGUGGCAUCACCAAUGGAGAUGUAAAGCCUGCUGUUUCCACUACGCCCUUGGUAGAUUUCCUCAUGCAGCUGGAAGAGUACACUCCCACAAUUCCUGAUGCAGUUACAGGCUAUUACCUCAACCGGGCUGGCUUUGAGGCUUCUGAUCCAAGAAUAAUCCGUCUGAUCUCCCUUGCUUCUCAGAAGUUUAUCUCAGACAUUGCCAAUGAUGCGCUACAGUACUGUAAAAUGAAGGGCACUGCCUCAGGAAGCUCAAGGAGCAAGACAAAGGAUAAGAAGUACACUCUGACCAUGGAGGACCUGACUCCUGCCCUCACAGAAUAUGGCGUCAAUGUCAAGAAACCAUAUUACUUUACAUAGAACUGCCUUUUGCUUUUGCUAGUUUCAUCUUCCUGCUGACUCACUAGAGUCUGUUGACACCUUUAUUGCUAAAGUUUUUUUCCUUAUUGUGGUGCUUUAGUACAGCUAUGGCAGACCCUUGUAGUCUCUUUGCCAUUUGUUUUUUGUUUUCUUUUUUUUUUUUUGAAGCCACCUUUGUGUUAUGUUGAAUUGUAAAUUAGUUAAUUAGUUUUAUUGUGAAAAUAAAACUCUUACCAG